AUGUUAUCAAGGUUGAUGAACUUAUUGAGGGCCUGCUGGGGCCCAUCCUUGGAUGGUUGUGGCAACACAGGUUCGGAUUCAGCCGGCCGGCAAGAGGGACUGCUUUGGUACAAAGACUUGGGCCACCACUUAACUGGUGAAUUCUCCAUGGCCGUAGUGCAAGCUAAUAACUUGCUGGAGGACCAGAGCCAGCUUGAGUCAGGCCCUUUGAGCACCCUCGAGUCUGGUCCUCAUGGAACUUUCAUUGGUGUUUAUGAUGGCCACGGAGGGCCUGAAACUUCACGGUUCGUGAAUGAUCAUCUCUUCCAGCACUUGAAGAAUUUCACUUCAGAGCAACAGUGCAUGUCUGUGGACGUGAUAAAGAAAGCAUACCUAGCAACUGAGGAAGGGUUCCAUUCUGUGGUGACCAAACAGUGGCCCAUGAAGCCUCAGAUUGCAGCUGUUGGGUCUUGUUGUUUAGUGGGUGUGAUCUGUGGGAGUACCCUUUACAUUGCUAAUGCUGGAGAUUCCAGAGCUGUGCUUGGCAAGUCUGUCAGGGCAACUGGGGAGGUUCUGGCUGUCCAGCUGUCAUCAGAGCAUAACGUCAGCAUAGAAUCUGUUAGACAGGAGAUGCACUCUUUACACCCUGAUGAUAAGCAGAUUGUUGUCUUGAAGCAUAAUGUAUGGCGAGUGAAAGGCCUCAUUCAGGUUUCUAGAUCCAUUGGAGAUGUAUAUCUGAAGAAGGCUGAAUUUAACAGAGAGCCCUUAUAUUCCAAAUUCCGGCUUCGGGAACCUAUCAGGAGACCAAUAUUAAGUGCUGAGCCGGCAAUCUCUGUGCAUGAACUCGAGCCUCAUGACCAAUUCCUCAUCUUUGCAUCUGAUGGGCUGUGGGAGCAUCUUAGCAAUCAAGAUGCUGUUGAUGUAGUACAAAACCACCCACGCCAUGGAAUCGCCAGGAGACUGGUGAAGGUGGCACUGCAGGAGGCCGCCAAGAAGAGAGAAAUGAGGUACUCGGAUCUGAAGAAGAUUGACCGUGGGGUCCGUCGCCAUUUCCACGAUGACAUUACCGUCGUGGUUGUGUUCCUCGACUCGAAUCUCGUGAGUAGAGCUAGCACAGCUAAAGGGCCUACAGUAUCAGUCCGAGGGGGAGGGAUUCACCUGCCUGCGAAAACACUAGCCCCAUGCACACCUCCCUCGGAAAUAAUGAAUCCCAACUAG